ACGCGAUUUUGUGACAGAAAUACGAAAGCUUUCAUAAUAACGGUGAAACUGAUUGCGUUCGCGUGCUUGUGUGAGUAGGUGUGCUUAUCUUAACAAUCGCGUGACUUUACCAAGCAAAAACAGUUACACCGAGUUCGGAGUCCGCAGUUCAAAGUGAAAUUACUGGAAUUUGUCUACGAAUUGUUGUGGCCCCUUUGAGACUUAAGAACUUCCAACUCACAACAGGAGCAGUUGGUGCACAAGCUACUGUAAGCUGCCACAACAAUCACAUCAUUCUCAAUAUGAACAGCAACAACAACAACGAAACAAAAGUGCAGCGAGGCUAAAGCACAAGUUGCGGCAGGACACAACAGCGAAUCAAUUGAAUUCAAUCGAAGUGCCACAAACAACUCGAGCAAUCGGCGCAGCAGGAGUCGCUAACGGAAGCACAACAAACACGCAAUCACGCAAACAAGCAACAAGCAACAACAAAAAAACAAACGGCUAAACAACAAUAAUAAAAUAGCAAAUAAAACCGCAAGGAAGGCGGCACAUUGAUGUAGCUACAAAAUGGGCGCAAACUCGUCGAGCAGAUCCGACCCGAGUCUGCACCAGGACGAUGACGUCAACUUUGAUCAUUUCCAAAUCCUGCGCGCCAUUGGCAAAGGCAGUUUUGGCAAGGUGUGCAUUGUACAGAAACGUGAUAGCGGCGUCCUUUAUGCCAUGAAAUAUGUUAGCCGUUCAGUUUGUGAAUCGCGCGGCGCUUUAGGCGGUGUCAUCAAGGAGGUGGAGCUCUUGUCCUCAUUGGAACAUCCAUUCCUGGUGAAUUUAUGGUUCUCGUUUCAAGAUGAGGAGGAUUUAUUCAUGGUGUGCGACCUGUUGACUGGCGGUGAUUUAAGAUACCAUUUACAGAAUCGAGUCGAAUUCAACGAGCAGAGUGUGGCCUUAUUAGUGUGCGAGCUGGGCAGUGCCCUGGAGUACCUUCAAACACAGCGUGUGAUCCACAGGGACAUCAAGCCCGACAAUAUUCUAUUGGAUGAUGCCGGACACGCUCAUUUGACUGAUUUUAAUAUUGCAACGAGGUUGCAGAAGGACUCCCUGGCCUGCAGCAUGUCGGGAACGAAACCAUAUAUGGCGCCAGAGGUGUUCAUGUGCGCCCUAGAAGAAGUCGCGGGUUAUAGCUACCCAGUGGAUUGGUGGUCCCUGGGUGUUGUUGCCUACGAGAUGAGGUCCAAUAACCGGCCAUUUGUGCUGCACUCCCACACGCCGCUGGUGGAGAUCAAAAACGUGCUGAAUACCAACGUGCACUAUCCGCAUCACUGGAGCCACAGCUUUAUCGAUCUGCUGCAGAAGUUGCUUUGCGUGCAUCCUGGAGCGCGGAUUAGUACACAGCAUGAGCUACAUCAGACGCCGCUGUUGCGUCCUCGAGACUUUCAGCAGGUGCUCGAUAAGAAGAUAAAGCCCACAUUUAAACCGCCAGAGGAUCAUCUCAAUUGCGAUCCCUGCUUGGAGCUGGAGGAGAUGAUCGUUGAGACGCGACCGCUGCACAAAAAGAAGAAACGUCUGGCCAAACAGCGCUCAGCGCAACGGGACAGUGAUCCAGAGACGACGCUAAUCAAGGAGUUCAUUGUGUACAAUCGCUUCAAGGAGCUCAAGCGCAAGGCCAUGGAACAAAAGGAGACAGACUGGCAGCGUGAACUCGAAUUGGCCAUGGCUAACUCGAUAGUCAACAGUUUGGCGCCCAUACAGGAAAAGCCAACAACAUCCCUUGUCACAGCGGCAGCAACAGCAACAACAGGAGCAACAACUGCGAUUAAUGCCGCCAGUGUUCGUUGCACUCCAAGCGCUCCAACUCAGCCCAAAGAUAGUGAUAAUAUUGAAUUUAUAGAUCGCACACCAUCUCCACAGGCGGCACAAGCGAUCCAAGGGAUACAAGCGACACCCACGCCCCGAAGAUUCUGCUGCAAGGCGACCAGCACAAUCCGCGAAUAAACUGAACAAUUCAGUUUGCAAUUGGAACCAUUAACUCAAUGCACAACUAGCGACAAAGUCCAAAUAAAUCACAGGUUUCAUGGCUCACACACACACACACGCACACAUGCAUACCUACAUAGCUAUAAAUGCACUCAAUCCAAAGAUACAAAUACAAAUUACUACCGAUAGAGCUUCUACAAGAAUCAAUAAAAAAAAUAUUUUUCGAGCAAACAUAUAAUAAUAAUAACCACAAACAUAAUUUGUAACAUCUGAAAAAACACUAAUAAACAAAAAACACGCCAUAUUACAUCUU